AUGAAGUAGUGGGAGAAGCAAUAAAGUCAGAAGCUCUAUGAAAAGCGAAUCCAGCAUGCCAAAGCGCAAGUGCCUGUUUCAAAUAAGAAGAAAUCAACUAAAGUGAACGAAUCAAUGAAUUCCAUGAAUUCCUCCAUUUCAGGAUUCACACACAAAGAAAAAGAAGAUAAGGAAUCAAUCCCUCUAUACAAAUUGUUGAAAUUGUAUCAGCUGUAAUAAUAUGCUCAAUAACUAAUAACAAGAGGAUAUGGGUAUGAUUUAAUUAAAUUUGCGAUGCUCACAGACAAUUAAAUUGAAUAUUUGUUCAAUGACAUCAAAGUAUUGCCAGGCCACAAAGUCAAACUCCUGGAUCUGAUAGCCUACAUUAAAGAGAUUAUUACACCUUCAAACUCAUCCAAAUUUAGAAACACUAGUUAUACAAAAAAAAAUAGUAAAAUCAUAACACAAUAAAAACCCAAAACAAGUUAAACUUAAAGAAUAAAACCACAAUAACAAUAAUAAUAAUAAUAAUAACAAUAAUAUUAACAAUAAUAACAAUAAUAAUAAUAAAUACAAGCCAUCAACAAAUAAAAGCAAAUGAAAAUUACAAACAUUGGCUUUGAUUUUUUCUAAGAUGAGAGUGAUUAUGAAGAUGAAUUCAAUUAAGCACUAAACUAAAUUAUGGAGAAAUACAAAGGAGACACAACUACAAUUAUUAAUUCUAAUAAUUAGACCCUCUAAAAUCAAUAUAGUAAACCAAUAUUAACAAAAACUAAUAAUUUUUUAUAAACUACAACAGGACCAAUAUUAUCUGAUACCAGCAGAACUCAUACAAAACCAAAAGCAAAAGAUGAUAUCAUCUUGGUUAGUAAAUUUCAAGAUGAUAAAUUGGUUACAGAAGUUAAGGAGAACAAGUUGAUAAAGAAUUUGGAGAAGCAAUUAAAUUAGAAAAGAAGAAAGAGAAAUUUUGAAGAGGAUGAAAAUUUGCCAGAUUUACAAAUGUCCUAAAUUAAACACAUGUACUUAUCCUAUGAUACUGGUAAAUUGACUUCAACCCUUGUGAAUUUGGAUAUUGAGGAAAUGAGUAAUUGCCUAGCUUGGGCUAUAUUGAAGCAUAUACAAUUUAGUAAGAGGAUUAACUAUUCGACAAUGAAAAAUUCCAGUAUUCCUUUCUCCAUGGAUAUAAGAUUUCGUGGAACUGGCAUGAAUUACUAAGAUACUUCCUAAAAUCCAAUUGAAGAACCAACUCAAUUGCAUCUUUAUAGUGAAUAACAAUAAUAACAAUAGAUAGGAUUAUUCUAAUCAUAAUAAAUAUCAAAAUUAGAUAAAACCAAUUUGAGUAAUAAGUAGAAUAAGACCUUGGCCUAAAUAAGUGAGAAAACCUUAAGCAAAGACGAAAAUGAGUUUGAGAUUAAGAAGUAGGAAAUAUAAGAUAUUUUGAAGGAAAGUUAUCUUCAUAAUGAGUAAUUUGAUAAUGAAGAAAAUGAUGACUACUAAUAAGAUUAUGAUGUUUGUUCAGAGGAAGAAAAUGAUAAUGAAAAUUAAAUUAUUUAGGUUUAAUAGAAUGAGUCAGACUCUUUUAGUCCCAUUAAACCUAAAUAUAUAUAACAUUAGUAAUAAUAAUUGGUUAAAGUCAAUAAUAUCUCUGAAGAAUCUUUACAACAUAUUGAGGAUUCUUAAAAAAUAUACAACUACUCUCAAAGUAUGCAGUAUUAAGAGUAAUAAUCCUUAUUUUAAUCUAAAUUUGACUUUAUUGAGAUGGAAGAGGAUGACAAAGAAAUUAAGCUCUAAUACUAAAAAAUUUAUUUUGAUGUUAAUUCUGAGUAAGUUAUACCAACAGCAGAAGUUGUAAGUAACUAUUGUAAAAAUGUUAUAAUAACUUCAAAAAUGGAAAAGGAAGUGACAAUUCUUUGUCUGGUUUACAUAGAAAGAUUAUUAACAUUAGCUAAUAUUAGUUUAGAACCAUAAACCUGGAAAAGAGUAGUUCUUAUAUCAUUGAUUAUUGCAUCUAAGAUUUGGGAUGAUGAAUCCUUUGAGAAUGACAAUUUUGCAAAAGUGUUUCCCCAAUAUAGAACAAAAGAUAUUAAUGAAAUGGAAAGAAUAUUUCUGAUGUUAUUAGAUUAUAGACUUCAAGUAUAUCCAGCUGAAUAUGCAAAAUACUAUUUUAUUUUGAGAAUGUAUACAGAAAGCAAAAAGAGAAGUUUUCCUUUACGCCCAUUAGAUUUAAAUACUAUCAUGAAAUUACAAAAGUAAUCCAACCAGGCAGAAUUUGGAUUGAAGUAAAAGUAUGGACAAAGUUUAAAUAAAUCUUUUUGA